GUCGAACCGCGGAUUUGUUCGGCUUGGCGCGGUUGUUUUUCGUUCAUAAUUCGGAUUGAGUACGCACACACGUCAUAGUUUCCUCACGGAUUGUCAGCGCACACUCGCUGCGUCGUCUUUGAAAAUAGAGAUUACAACGAAGACGAAAAAACACGUCGAGAACGCACGUGACUAAACUAACGCGUUCGCAUCUCUUGUAAUUGAGAUUGAUUAUAACACGAGCGAUAGUUACAUCAGGUUAUCAACGUCUGUUGGCGUUGGUGUCGAAAUAUGAAGCGACGACGGCGAACAAAACAUAAGGACGAGGAGGCAGGUAGCCUGAGCCCCCCACUGGCACCUGGGCGGACGCUGAGAAGCCAGCGGCGGCCCGCGGUGGGUGAAGGUCAGGGGCCAUCGGUUGGCCACCCCUGCUUUGGAGACAUUGACGAUGAGAAGCAAAAAGAUUAUCUGGAUUUGGAAAUAAUUGACACCGAGUCAUGCCCACCAGUGAAGAAAACGAAGUGUGUACCCGAGUCAAAGACUAAUUUCAUCUGUAUUUCUGAUUCGGAUGAGGACCUCAGUCAAGAAGAAGACUCAUGGAAGAAUAAUUCCCCAGCCCCACCAUCUCCACCAGCACCUCGGACUCGCGGCCAACAGAGACCCAGGGGAAGCCUUGACUCCAAAAUGUUGGAAGUGGAUCGUUUGCUGAAUGCUUGCCGGAGUGAGGUGGACACAAGUGGCCUGGAUGACUCAUUCUCACUGGUUCCUCCACCUGACGCUCCUAAGGAGGAGGUCACUGCUAAGGUCCGCUGCCAAAGCAAAGUUCACCGGAUCAAACUUUUACAUGACGAGUGCUUCCAUUCCGUCAUAAGCCACAUUGCUAUCACCUUGGAGGUGGAGCCUGCGAGGGUGAGCCUCUUCCUACAUGAAAAGGAGAUCUCUCCCACUGACACGCCCUUGUCAGUCCAGCUGUCCAUCACCGACAUUAUCGAAUGCAUCAUCACAAAAUCAGCCCCAGCUCGAGACGGACCCACACAUAAGCCUGCUAAUGCCAUUGCUCUGAAAGUGCAGAGCACAGAGAAAAACUCAACCCAGAUUAUAACCAUCGGCAAGACGGAGCCCCUGAGCGUGUUGAUGGAGAAGUACACAGCGUCGGUGGGGUCGGGCAAGCAACGCUUGAUGUUUCUGCUUGACGGAGAGGACCUUGAUGGCACCAGCACGCCCCACGAGCUCGACCUGGAGGAUGGUGACCUCAUCGAUGUGCGGGUCAUGUGAUGGCAAAUAAUUGGUAAUAUACGCCAUUACGUAGACUUCACACUGUCGCUGCUGAAUUGUGUGCCCAGCCAAGGCAAGGCUGGAUUAUAAUUCUGAAGUUUUGCCAUCGACCCCACGAGUACCAGUGUUGUGUUGGAGAACGAAUGUUUACCAGUCCUAAUCAGCCUCUUUCGUUACUGUUUGUCAAUGCAAUGUUAUUAAAUGUAACCACAUUAAUCACAACCACAUACCAUAAACAAAAUAUAAGCAAAACUACAAUUUAAGCUCAACCACAAGUCAAAAUAUAAUUGCAACACAUUGUUACUACUGUAUAACCAUAAUCACAACAACCUGAUAACCACAAGCUUCACCACAACCAUCACAAUCCAAUCACAACCACUAUAUAACCACAACCAUAACUACAUUACAACUAUUACCACACUAUAACCACAACCAUGACAACAAAACCACAACUUCAACCAUAAGAAUAUCAUAAUCACAGCCAUAACUGCAUUCUAACCACAACCAUAAGCACAACCACGGCACGUGCCUGCCCCCACUCCUUCCGUGAAAAUGUUCUGCAUAGUAUUUGGAAGAUUCAGAGCAUGAAAAAAGAACACAUGGGAGCCUUAUAAAGUAUAUAUGUAUAGAUCGAUUUUUUUUUAUUUUACCAUCGAACCUUUUGGGUUUUGUUUGGACCUCAAAUAGCUGCUUUCUACCAGCACUUUCCCCUACUGUGUACAAGGCUAACGAACACUUUCACAUUUAUCACCCUGUGUUCUUGCGUCAGAUGCUGUCGAGAAUGGCAGCUCCUGAUUGAGCCAUCUGGGAAUGUCUGAUGUGAAUGUUGUAACAGUGACCAAAAUGGCACUGAAUAAAAUGUAUGUUACAGCUAUGAGUGGUUUACUCCCAACAUAAGUCUGUUGUUUUCCUAGACGAGUUCAAAGUCUCAAGUAUGCAAUUAUGUAACGGUUUUAUGACCUCUUGUACUUUAAAUAAAUAAACAUUGACAAGCCUGUCACUGUAUUUUAUACAUGAUCCUUAUGGCGGUACCCUGGGGUACCAAAUAAUACAAAAUGGCCAAGGCAAUUAAAUGUUUUAUUUCUCGGACACUAUUUUUCCAGGGGUGUAUGUACUUAACUCCGCGACUGGAGUACCAACCAAUCCGAAAUCGGUGCUACCCCGUGAUGUCGAAACGCAGCGAGGACGAUUGUGCAGAAACCCUGAACGCUCGUGUGCACCGUAGUGCAGCGUGUACAGCUCGUCGAGAUGAGUCGAUUGCCGCAUCGUCGACCAUCAUCAGACUAAAAAUGACUGCAUCACGGACAUUAUGCGAGAGCCUGGAUACUAUGGUACCCCGAGCUACCGCCAUAAGGUUCACUUGUAUAAUACAGUAAUAUCUGGUUCAACAAACCCUGAAACCUGAGUCCGUACUCGUAUUGAAUUCUGAACACAAUCGUUACAGUUAUCGAAUUUCACAAGCUUUACCUCGUUUAUGGCAAUGACUUUUCUCCCAAGCACCGGGUUUUGUGUUGUUUUUUCUCCCCUUCGCACUUACAUUACAAUUUUGGUAACAGCGUCAUCGUCCUUCAUGUGAAGAGACACAUUUCCACUUGCAAAAUGUUUUCGUCGAAAGUGGUGAAGCAUAUGUAAUGGAAUUUGGAAGUUGACAUCACAACUAUUUCUGGGGUCUCAACAAUUGCUUCUUCACUACACAAGAUGCUGCACUUUCUCACAUGUCCUGUAAGAGCUGGUUGUCGAAUGAUAAAAAAAAGUUUGUUUUACUUAACAGAGCUUGAAUAUAAGUGAA